GGCCGCGGCCGCUGCCGGCGCACUCGCCGGUCGCUGUGAAAAGGCGCAGGCGGCGGCCGUUCCGGCUCCGCUCGGGUCCCCAGCGCCUCCCCGCGUCCGCACUUCUUUUUCUCCGGCUGCCCGCACCCGCCAAACUUGAUGUGACCCCCAGUCCAAGACGGCGGCUGCCCCACUCACUGCCCCGCACGCCUCCCCCACCCCCCUCCACCCCGCACUCCCCGGAGCGCACGGGCCACUGACCACCCCCCCCUCCCCCCACUCCACUCGGGGCCCCGGCGCCGCUCCCCGCCCCCUCCUCUUGCCUCUCUCCCUCCCUCCUCUUCAGCCCCCUCCCGCACCAUGAGCAACCUGAAGCCGGACAGCGAGCACAGCACCAGCACCGGCACCGGCACCGGCACCGGCGGCAGCUUGGAAGAGGAGGUCCGGACACUGUUUGUCAGUGGCCUCCCUGUAGACAUCAAACCACGAGAACUCUAUCUUCUCUUCCGGCCAUUUAAGGGGUAUGAAGGGUCACUGAUCAAACUCACGUCUAAACAGCCUGUAGGUUUUGUGACUUUUGACAGCCGUGCUGGGGCAGAAGCAGCCAAAAAUGCAUUGAAUGGUAUUCGUUUUGACCCUGAGAAUCCACAAACCUUAAGGUUAGAGUUUGCCAAGGCCAACACCAAAAUGGCAAAGAGCAAACUGAUGGCAACCCCAAAUCCCAGCAGCAUCCACCCCGCCCUGGGCGCACACUUCAUCGCACGGGAUCCCUAUGACCUGACAGGAGCUGCUCUGAUCCCCGCUACCCCGGAGGCCUGGGCCCCUUACCCAUUGUACACUACGGAGCUGACUCCUGCCAUCCCACAUGCUGCAUUCACCUACCCUGCUGCUGCUGCUGCCGCUGCUGCCCUUCAUGCUCAGAUGCGCUGGUACCCUCCCUCUGAAGCCACGCAACAAGGAUGGAAAUCUCGUCAAUUCUGUUAGUCCUUCAGUAAGUGCCAGUCCUGAGGAUGAAUGAUGCUCUUCUUGCUUCCUUCUUCCCUCCUCUCGCCCCCUCUUCUCCUCCAAUCUCGAGCCCUGGUUGAACCCCUGGUGCCCUUGACCUGUAUUUAUUUCACUGGAUGGUUAAUAAGUGGAUGCUCUCCACCUCUGGUGUGACAGCCUCUUCUGCCUUCCCCUUUCCUUGUGUUCAAGAUCUGUGGGCUGGAAUUCUCCAUGCCAUCUAGCAAAAGAAAGGAGACUUUGACCUUCAAACCCCAGUAGUUGGCCUAGGCCCUGAGCCUCUCCACUAGAGUUGCCAGUCAGUAUGGGACAGUUAAGCAGCUCAGGUGGACAGAGUGCUGGACCUGGAGUCCUGAAGACUUCAAAUCCUGCCUCAGUUAUUUAUUAAGCUGUGUGACUCCGGGCAAGUGACUUCACUUUCAUUAGCCUCAGUUUUCUUAUCUAUAAAAUGGAGAUACACAAUAAUCACCUACCUCUCAAGGUUGUUGAGGAUAAAAUGAGUUAAUAUUUGUAAAGUUUUUUGCAAACCUUGAAGUGUUAUAUAAAUACUAGCUACUAUUAUUGUCAUUAUUUGGGCCUUACCAGUUUCUUAUCAUUAAAAACCAGACCACUGUCAUCUUAUGAUGAUGUCAUAGUGUGGCGCCCCCCCCCCUUUUUUUUGUUUUUAGCAAUCAUAGUCUCCACUCACUACCACCUAUUUCCCUUCUCAGGUCUUGUCACAACAGCUUGAAACCCCCAUUCUGAGUCCCCACUGGAGCAUCCAGCUGGGGAAAAAGCCAUAGAGUCAAUUUGCAGAUUGUUUUGGUGGGCACCAGCAUUGGUGCUCGGCACUUCUGUCACCUGGUGCCCUCAUGGAGUGCUGCCAUCUGUCCUACCCCCCAAAGACUGUGAAUUAUAAAACCAACUUAAUGGACUCUGUCCUAUUUUUUUCUUUCUUUAUUCUUACCUCCCAUUUCCACCCUGCCCCAGAGGCUCUCCCAAGGCCCAGCUAGUGGGGCACAGGGUCUUUUGGCUGAGACAAGGAGGCUCAGGACUGUGGCCAACUGUGGGACAGAGCUGUUUCCAGGCCUCAGCCGCCCCAAAUCGUUUUGUUUCUGCAGCUCUGCUUAAAGGAAACAAGACAUUUAAUUUUGCAUGUUUUCUGGCAUGAAUUAAGACAUUUAAACUUGUGUAUGUGCGAGUGUACAGUUUGUUCUAGCGUUAGUGUCACCAUAGCAACAGGUUUUGGCCCACUUACUGGUCCAUCAUUCCUCUCUCCCCCCAUACUGCACCCCUCCCCCCCAUUAUCUCUAGCUUCUGUGAAGAGAAGACUUGGCUUUUAAACUGAGAAAUGAUUACUCUUCCCAGUCUUCUUCCAUUUCCCCAGGAUGGGCAAAAUUAAGGAAAUACCCAUCCAACAAUGCACUGGGUUUUCUCUUACAUUUUGCUUCAGGGUCCUUCUCUUUCUCCUCUGAUGGGCUCUCCCCAGAGACCAGUUGUCAGAUAAGUCUGUGUCCCUUCUCCACCUUCUGAUGGAGCAUGUGCCCUUCCCUAUCUUGCCAGUUGCUGUCAUCCUUUCUGAACUUCCAAACAACCAAAAAAGUGCAAGUAUUUUUGUACCAUGUGUAACAAGGCUAUAUUUAUGCAUCAUAAAGGAUUUUGUGUGUGUGUUUGUAUGCAGUUAAUAAAGAGAAAUGGUUAGCCCCGUCCAAUAAGUUAAUGUUUAGUUUGAAGCUUGAAGAAAGGAGAUUCUGUUCUUUGGCGAUAAGCGUUUUUGUCAGGCAUUAGUUUAAAAAAAAAUGAAGGAAACCAAUUGUGCAAUUUCAUUUUGUUUUUGUGAGCAUACGUCAUAUUACCGCUUGGUCCUGAAGUGCUUUGCCUAUUCCCUACAGCUGUCUCGCUUGUAUUCAGACUUUGGAGAAUGGGUUGGUAUUACCAUUGCUGAUCCUAUGAGAAUGUGAAACUGGAUAAUAUAUGAAAUGCAAAAUAAAGUAUCAUCCAAGGUGA